GACCGCGUUUCGAUUGGUUGGUUCCCUUUGAAUUUUGGUCCGCGCAAUUUCGUUUUUAUUGUUGAAUGAAUUUAUAAAAGAGCGGCUAAGGAAACGGUUUUGAGCGAAUUUCCGCAAUUUUAUUACCGAGGAAUCUUCUGUCUUUCUGAAAGAGUUUAUUUCGAUAUCCUGCCGCGUUCAUCACCUUCUUAUAUAUUCAAAAAACAACAUCGAAGUCCAGCAAAAAAAAACAAAAACUGACAUUCAUUCAGCUACAAUUAUACUUAACUUAAGCUUUCGUAUACUCAUAAAUUCAGUAAUUUUUGUCGUCUAAAAUGAGCCAGUUGAAGAAAUUCCAAAAACUUUCAUCUCUGUUCGCAAUGUUGUCGAAAUUGUCCGUCAUAUUUUUUGGGCUGCUGCUGCCUCUUUUGAUUUCUGCCCAGCAGAGCAAGGGACACUUUUUGAACCCAGAGGAGGAAUCGGUGGCAGAGAAACAACUGAGGGGUGAGCUGAACAGCGAGUUGCGGGAUGAGCUGCGUGAGAUGCUCAUGUUUCACGGCGUACCAGUUCCCCAAAUGGAGUCCGAAGACUCGUCAUUCUCGGAUCCCUGGAUGACGUCUCGGGCGAGUCGACGAGACCACUCCUCUUUCGGCAAGGCCCAGAUGGCCAAGAAACGACUGAGGAUGACUGGCAAAUAAACUCAUGCACUUGUUAGCUUGCUAGACUAACACGUUAAAAAUUGAAAGCCAGAUAUGUAAAUUAGACCAUGCAUCUUGCAUUUGUUUGAUGUUUGGCAAGUAUAGUUCCCAGUAUUAAUACAGAACUAUAAUAAUUGGAAAUUGGGAUACAGAA